AUGCCGCACCCGGCCGGCACCGCCGCGGCGGUCGCCGUGGUCGCAGGCGCCGCCGCGCCCGCGCUGGCCAACGAGGAGGCGCCCGAGGGCUUCCUGAACUUCGGCAAGGUCCCGCUGGGGGGUGGCUUCGAGCUCAACCUCGACAUCCCGGAGACCGGCAUCGUCAACAUCGCCGUGCUCAUCGCCGGCCUCCUCUACCUGCUGGGGCCUCUCCUCAGCGAGUCGAUGGCCACGCGCGAGAAGGAGAUCCAGGGCGAUAUCGAUGACGCCAUCGCCAAGUUCAACGAGGCGACCAGCCGCCUGGCAGAGGCGGAGAAGGCCCAGGCGCAGGCCAACGAGGUGAUCGCGGAGAUCAACGCGAGCAUCGACAAGGACAAGGCCGAGUUCGAGGCCACCCUGAAGGCCAACAUGGAGGCCACGCUCGUGCGACAGGACCGGACGCGGCCGCCAAGCAGGCCAUGA